CGCGGCGUUGUCAACCUUUCCGGGAAGGCGUGGCCAGCACUAAUAAAGACUGGACCUGGGCGUUGGCUGCAGUAAAUUCCAACGCAGCUAGACCUCUGGGUGGUCGUCUAGACGCGGAGCUCGGCAGUUCCGUCGACUUCAGCCUCAGCGUUCCCUUCGCUGGGUGUCUUGCCGCAUCUUCCAGAGAGACCGACCCUCCCCCUGUCGGAGAAAUGUCUGCUCCAGCUCAGCCGCCUGCUGAAGGGGCAGAAGGGACUACCCCAGGUGGGGGUCCCCCUGGCCCUCCCCCUAACACAACCAGUAACAGACGACUACAGCAAACCCAGGCACAAGUAGAUGAGGUGGUGGACCUCAUGCGUGAGAAUAUGGACAAGGUCCUGAAGAGGGACGAGAUACUGUCACAACUGGAUGACCGAGCUGAUGCCUUGCAGAUGGGAGCAUCGCAAUUUGAGAGCAGUGCUGCCAAGCUAAAGAGGAAGUAUUGGUGGAAAAACUGCAAGAUGAUGAUCAUGCUGGGAGCUAUCUGUGCCAUCAUCGUGGUAGUUAUUGUAAUCUACUUUUUUACUUGAGAAUGUGCCACCCCUUCCCUGUUCUCCAUUGCCAUCCAAUCUCAUGUUCCUCUCCUUGUUUGCUCUCUCAACAAACUUCCCCAUCUGCCUUCCUCCAUCCCAGCCCAGGCUUCUCCAUCGGCCAUUCCUCCUUUUCUGUUGCUUCAUUUGCACUCUGUCCCUCAACACUAGAAAUGCUGCUCGUGGCGCAGUCUUGAGCAACUACCUGAAGAGCAACCGCUGGCACCUCCUCCCUAUCCGCUUCUUCUAUACUAGCAAAUUCCUCUAAAGCCAAAAAGAGUUGGAGGCUAAGGGAAGGGGCUGGGGGUGUAGCUGUAGUGACAUGCCCAAGAAAGUGCCGAGAUUGGGGGAGGAAAAGGGUAUCGGUGCCCAUGGUAUCUCCAGGGAAAGCCAGGCCACUGGCAGGAGGAAGCCACAAACACCUGCAGAAAUGGUGGCUCACUCAGGCCUGCCCUGGUCGCUUGGAGCUCUUCUGUGCCAGGCCUGAAGAGGAUCCUGGGUGGGCCCAAAGUCCAACUUGGUCCUGGUGCAAUACCCUCUUAGAUAGUGGAACUUGUUUUUUUGGAGUUAUUUCUAAUCUGUUAGUCCAAGAUUUUCUAUGUCUUCAGGGAUCUUAGAGCCUUUUAUGUGGUUCUCCAGAGACCUGGAGAACACAUGUUAAUUGUGAACAUACCAGAACACUCAUUGCCAUCUAGAAGCAGUCUCAAGCUCAUGAGUGGAAGGGUCUGUCUCUUGUCCACAUUUUCUGUAGCAUUCUGUACUGUUCAUGAGAGCACCAAAUAAUUUCCAUAGCCCAAGUCUGGGACUCUCAGUUAGUCUUAAUUGUUGGCAUGGAUAAAGAGAAAAUGCCUAUUAGAGAGAAGCCAUGAGUAGAGGACCUAACUUGAGAAGAACAAGCUCAGAGGAAGCUACUUCUUGCCCUCUCGUUAAGGAGGGCCCUGCUCCUCCCUUCCUGUUGAUUAAGUAGUAUGAGGGUCCUUGGACUUUCAGGGACUUCCCUCCUCACACCACAUCCGUGUACUUGCCAAAGACAGGGAUGAGGCAAAACGUCCUUCUGAGGCCUGGCUGAUUCUGAGUAUUUAGAGAGGUCCAGUGUACCCCCAACUCAGUCUUGGGGCGGGGGGCAGGAUAUUCUGUAGACAGUCUGUGCUGUCAUGGGCCCUUACCUAGAGCCACCUCUCUGUUCUUCCUGCAGUAUACGCCACUUCUGAAAAUCCCACCCGAAUUCCAAUUUGCCUCCUUUCUUUUUUUCCUCUUUGCAUGGUUUGUGGGUACAGACAGUGGAGUCUGAGGAUGGGAGCUACUCCGCCUGUCUUGGGCGCCACUUCUGGGCUUCAGGGUAGUGUAUUGAGUAGGUUAGACUCAGGUGUGAGGGGAGGCAGGCAGGCUGGGAACAGAAGGGGACACACCCAUGCUCCUGUAUUUCUUCUGUCCUCUGGUCCACAAGCAGCGGAAGGCUGAGGCUGGGCUGGGUCUGGAUGCUCACUUUCCAUGCAGCAGCAUUUCAUUGCGCAAAACCAUCUUUCCUCUCCCUUUGCCCCUGUUGCCCACGUUCCCUUCGUCCCACCCCAGGGUGGGACUGAAGAGCUGGAAGAAAGCAGUCAUUGUACUCUCCCAACGAUUCCCCUGGAAGGUCUCCACUCUCCUCUGGGCUCCUCCUUGCCUAAUGCAGGGGGUCACCGCUGGAGAAGAACCACCACUGUCCUCGAUGUGUCCCAAGCCUGGAGCAAAUUCACCCUCUUAGCCCACCCAUCCAUGCCACAGGAAUUGCUUCCUGGGUUUAUUUGAGGCUCACCAGAUAUAGUUGGCUUUGUCUGUUGGAGAUGUUAGCCCUUCUACUUUCUUUCUCGUCCCACCCUGUAUGCCCUUUUGUGUCUUUGCUGUCCCCCUUCCUUCCUACCACCCAUGUGCAUGAGCAGUUACGCAACUAAACCCUGGGACUUUGCAGUCAAAUGAAGCCGAGCUUCCCACAUCCCCUUCAGUUUGCCAUGAGAUGAUGUGGGGUUUCCACUACGUGUCUGUCGUCACCUCUUUGUCUUUUUUCCUAACCCCAGUCUCAUACUUGUAUACAAUAAUAACAGUUGUACUUCACCAAAGGCAUGUGGCGUAUUUACCAAUUUCAUGUAUUCUGAACGAAGGCAAAAAAAUACAACUUUCUACCACUAC